CGUCACCCUUCCAUUGCUUGUGUCAUUGAAAUUGGCUGUAUAUGUAAUAAUGCACAAUUGGCAAAUGGAACAGUUAUUGGACAACCAACAGAAGGAGCUUUAAUGGUUUUGGCUAUAAAAACAAAUAUGUACACUUUAUGCAAUAAUAUUCGACGUCUUCAUGAAAUCCCUUUCACUUCUGAUAGUAAAUGGAUGGCUGUUCAAGUAGAACAAUUAAAUAAGCCAGGCGAAGUUGAAACAUUGGUAAAAGGAGCGAUUGACAGAAUUCUAGAUAUCUGUAUUGGCUAUUUGGAAAAUGGAAAAAUAAAAAUGCAGAUGACUAAAGAGAAGUAUAAUCAAAUAAUUCAAACAGCUAGUGGUUUGGUGCAAUCUGGACUUCGAGUGAUUGGAAUGGCUAGAGGUUCAGAUAUGCGUUCUCUUUAUUAUGCUGGACUUGUUGGAAUAUUGGAUCCUCCUAGACCUGGAUGUCUUCAAUCAAUAGAAAUUGUUCAGUCAGGAGGAGUUUCUGUAAAAAUUGUGACUGGGUAUGGGCUGGAAACUGCAAAAAGCAUUGGAAUUCGUCUUGGACUUCACAAUCAAAACAUUAUGUGGCUUUCUGGUCCUCAAAUUGAUGAUUUAAAAGAUUCGGAAUUGGAGCAACUUAUUCAAAAUGUUACAAUAUUUUAUAAAGCUUCUCCUAGACAUAAAUUACGAAUUGUUAAAGCACUUCAAAAUAUUGGAGAAGUUGUGGCAAUGACUGGGGAUGGAAUAAAUGAUGCUGUUGCUUGUAAAAAAUCUGAUAGAGGAGCGUUCUAUUCUCUUCCAACCGAAGCAAAACUUGAUGUCUUUAAAUGUCUCAACCAUCAACAAUUAUGUGAAAUCAAUCAAACAAAUGUGUACUUUUAUAACUUUAUCAAUAAUUUUGAAGGAGAACUUGCUCGGGAGGAAUUUGAUGAAAUUUCUAUAGGAUAUUUAAAGCAAUAUGACCAUUAUUCUCAUAUUAUACUUAAUCCUGAAGAAGAAAAUUUUGACUUUCCAUUGAAUGAACAAUUUGAAGAGAAGUGGAAAAAUGGAUUAGAAGACCCAAUUCCUUUGUAUUUGCCUAAUGUUGAGUCGAACAAAAACAUUGUUAUUCACUUAACUGAAGAUAAUGGAGAUAUUACUCAAAUAAAACUUCCAUCAAUUGUUCAAAACAAAAAUCAAUUGAAAAUAGCUUUUUAUUAUUUAAACAAAUUAUUUAAUUGUUCUUUUAAAGAAUCUAAUUUAAAAUCUGGCGAAAUACCUACAUUAAUAUUCAAUCCAGAAUUACUUCAAUUAUUAUUUAAAAAUUCAAUUUAUAUAGAGACAUGUCAUCUGUAUUUUACGGAUGAUAAUACUGAAUAUUUGUUACAAUUUAUUUUGAAGAAUUAUCUGGCUUGUGAAGAUCUUCAUUGUUAUUUUAAACAAAACAAAGACAUUAUGGAAAAUUAUAAAAAUAUUUUAUGUAAAAUUUUAACAAAUGGAGGAGACAAUUUUGAAGAAAUUCAUUUGAAUUUUAUUACUAAGGCGGAUCAUAAAAAUGGUGCAUUAAAAAAUGUGGUUUUGUUUUAUGAUUAUAUUGUUGAAUAUAUAGCAACAUCUAGAGACUGUUCAAAAAUGGUGGCUAAUAUUGGUUUAUCUUUUGUCAAUUCCACAAAUCUUGAAUUAAGUGGAAGAGCAGAGAAGGUUGAAAUUAAACAAAUAAAGGGAACAAAAUGUACAAAAUACCAAAUUGCCAAUAUUCACAAUCCAGAAGUGAGAUUAUUAUUUUACAACAGAGAAAUUGGAACAGGAUAUUUAUUUAAAUCCAAAGAAAGCAUGUAUGUGCAUGCAAUGAUUCACUAUCGUAUAUCGUAG